CCAUAGUCCAGACUAAUUUCCAUUUUUGUCUCUCUUUUCAAUAUCCUCUCUACACAUUUAAUCUUAGAAAUAUAAAUAAUGAAAGGCGGGAAGAUUUUUGCAUUUGGUAUAUCGAUUAUCCUGGUUGUUGGAGUAGUUAUUGCUAUUAUUGCAAGCAAUAAUCGGACACAAGACUCUUCGGGCAAUGAUGAAAAGGAUGACAAAGUGCUUUCUACCACAUCCAAAUCCAUUGCUUCUGUUUGUUCACAAACAGAUUUCAAGAAAUCAUGUGUAAAUAGCCUUAGCUCUAUGGCCAACAACCAAAGUGCCACCCCGAAGGAAUUCCUCCAAAAAGCCAUUGAGGUGGCCAUUCAGGAAGUUAGAAUUGGAAUAGAAAGGUCCACCUCUAUCGGCAAAGCAGAGGCUCAUGACUCCUUGCAAAAGAUGGCCACUGAUGAUUGCAAGGAAUUACUGGAAUACGCGAUUGAUGAGCUUCAAGCAUCGUUCUCCUCUGUGGGUGAUAGCAGCGUCCACACUAUCGCUGAUAGGGAAACAGAACUCAAAAACUGGCUCAGUGCUGUCUUCUCUUACCAACAAACCUGCAUAGAUGGUUUUACUCAACCAGAACUUCAGAAAGCCAUUUCUACCUCCCUCUUAAAUGCAACACAACUCACGGACAAUGUUCUUGCAAUGGUCGAUGCAAUGACUGAAAUUCUUUCUAAAUUUAAUAUUCCCAUUGGGAACAAGACUGAUACUACUACAUCAGCAGAAACAGCAGCAUCUCGGCGAUUGUUAGAAAAUGAAGACAAUGACAAGCAGGAAGCCAACAAUACAAAGAGCGGAGGAUAUCCUGCAUGGCUUUCUAGUAGUGAUAGAAAAUUGUUGGCUGCAAGCAAUAACGGCAACCCAGCACCAAACGCUGUGGUAGCUAAGGAUGGAUCUGGACAAUACAACACUAUCGCAGCAGCUCUGGCUGCGUACCCUAAGAACCUAAAAGGAAGGUAUACUAUAUAUGUGAAGGCCGGAAUUUAUGAUGAAUACAUAAUUGUCACAAAAUAUCAAGUUAACGUAUUUAUGUAUGGAGAUGGACCCCGAAAGACGAUAGUUACAGGACACAAAUCCGCACUUAAUGGUGUGUCUACUUAUCAGAGUGCUUCCUUCAGUGCAAUUGGAAAUGGAUUUAUAGGCAAGUCCAUGGGAUUCCAAAACACAGCAGGACCGGAGGGGCACCAGGCGGUAGCCCUCCGUGUUCAAUCUGAUAUGUCUGCCUUUUACAAUUGUAGAAUGGAUGGAUAUCAAGACACUUUGUAUGUUCAAACACAUCGACAAUUUUACCGCAAUUGUGUGGUGUCAGGCACAGUUGAUUUCAUCUUUGGUGACUCAUCAACUAUCCUCCAAAACUGCUUAAUUAUUGCAAGGAAGCCAAUGGAAAAACAACAAAAUACAGUGGCAGCUCAAGGAAGAACUAACAUUCGGGCAACCACAGGGUUAGUAAUCCAAAAUUGUCGCAUUGUUCCCGAGCAAUUACUAGAACCUCUGCGUUUCAAGAUUCCUACCUUCUUAGGAAGGCCAUGGAAGAUGUACGCAAGAACUGUGAUCAUGGAAUCAACUUUGGCAGAUUUCAUUCAACCUGCAGGUUGGAUGCCCUGGGAUGGAAAUUUUGCCCUUGACACAUGCCUAUGUGCCGAGUACGCAAAUCGUGGUCCAGGAGCCAAUACCAACAAUAGGGUCAAAUGGAAGGGAUUCAAAGUGAUCACGGACAGGAAUGAAGCACUUCAAUAUACAACAACUCCAUUUAUUCAAGGAAAUCAGUGGGUGCAAUCCACAGGUGCCCCACACUUCCUUGGCCUGAAAAACUAGGUGACAGUGACAAGUAUACAUGGAGCAGAGUAGUAGAAACAAGUAACCAUAGCACUAAUAAACUCGUAGAGUAAGUUUUUAAUUUGUAAUAUGUAAAGUUAGGGUAGCUAUGAGGGUGAGAGAUAGAUCUAAAUUGUCAUCCUUACCUUUUCCCUAAACUUGAUAGGUUCAACAAUCAAUCUAAAUACCUUAUAAAAUAAAUCAAUCUACUAUUUUGAGGGUUUUCACAGUAUUCAUAUUU